AAGAAACAUAGUUUUAAUAAUUUUAAGCAUUAUAUAAGCACAAUGUUAUAUGAAGAAAAUCUUUAUUUUAUCUGCUUAAAAAAUCAGAAAAAAAUCUUUUAAAAUCCUUUCCCAGCAUCUUAAAAAAUCUUUAAAGUUUCUUUAAGAAUGGUGGCAAUCCUUUUAAAAAAUCCUUUUUAUAUUUUCCCAACCAGUUCAGAGGUUGGAAAAUAAAUCUGGCACGUUGUUUUGUAUCCUUUGUGUUGUUGUCUUGUUCCGUCUUGUAGUUAAUGCUUACCCCUUUGUUGCCGCCUCAAUUUGUGUUUGCCGUUGGAUGUCCUUUUUUGCUUUGACUCCAACACAACCACCCACAAAAAAGAAAACACGAAACAUACACCGCCAUACACGGAGUAUCCCACACAGGGAAACUGAUUUAACAGGAUGCUGUCUCCACAAACCAAUUUUAUGUAUGUUCCUUUUCUCCCCGCCGAACGAAAAAAACGAAAAACGAACGAAAAAAAAUACAACAACAACAAGUAUCAUCUGCCAGCCACUGCCAAUGCAGCUGCACAUCAUCAAUAUUAUCGCUUCCACAAGCAACAGCAGCAGCAACAGCAACAGCAACGCCACCAGCAGCAACAACAAAGCUGCCUGCGACAGCAGCAAAGACAAUUGCAAUGGGAACAGCAGCAGCAGCAGCAUCAGCAGCAACAGCAACAGCUGCAACAUCAACUGACCAACAGCUCUAGCGAAUUUGAUGAGUUCCAUUGGCCCAGCAAGCAGACGGGCGGUGAAAAUCUGGGUGGUAAAAUCUAUAUAACACCCGCAGACAUACCGCCGCCACCUCAGCCGCCCCAUCAAAGUGGCAGCAACAGUCACAGCCACCACAAUGGCAACAAAAGCAGGCAGCAGCAGCAACAGCAACAGCAACAGCAGCAUCAGUAUCAGCAACAACAUCCGCACUCUCUACACUCCCACAUCCAUACACAUCCACAUCCACACCACCAGCAUGGACAUCGCACGCCGCCACAUCGCUGUAAAUGCGAACAUCCAUCCAUUGAACUGAUGGGCUAUGAGGAUUCAGUUAUUGCCACCGCCACCGCUAGCAAUACCGCUGCCAAUGUGGGCAUAGCCGUGGGCGUUGGGCGCCACCAGCAUCCGCCGUACUAUUACAAGGCCGCUGUAGGGCGACGGUCGAGCGCCAAGCUUCAUGAAUCCAUGCUGGGCGGCGGUAGCAGUCUGGAGGAUGAUGACGGGACCAGUGCCGGCAGCUUUGGGGAGGGCAUGUCGCGGUUUAAGAAUCUUAUGCAUAACAAGGAGAAGAAGCGCCGCAUCAGGAUUAUUCUUAGCAUUACAACAGCGAUCAUAUUAGUAGCUUUAUUGGCCACUGCCCUGGUGUUUAUUCUUCGAACGGAUGAAAAGGAUAAUUCCGGCGACUCAGACUCCAAUAAUGCCAUCGAUCUGGAGGAUGUGUUGACUGGUCAACUAUAUGCAAAGCGUUUUAACGGCAGCUGGAGCAAUGGCAACAGUCUGAUUUACAAGGAGGGUGCGUCCAUCGUAGAAUUCGAUGCCAAGACAGGGGCACGUACCACACUGCUAGAUAAUGCCGCUCACUAUGUGUUGUAUGAAAAGUCCGCCGAUGGGGAGUUCCUUUUGCUGGCAAAGAACUACAAGAAGAACUUCCGGUACAGCUUCCUGGCCGAAUACGAUCUGUACAAUCUGAACACGAAAGUAUUCACACAGCUGACCAUCCAAAAUGUCCAGCAUUUCUUGAGUAUGGUCCAAUGGUCUCCAGUGGGAAAUGCCUUGGUGAUCAAUUACGAUCGGAAUUUGUACUAUAAGGCGAGUGCUUUGGAGCAGGAAAUAGCACUAACUAGCGAUGAGCAAGCUGGCGUACUUAAUGGCAUUCCGGAUUGGGUGUACGAGGAGGAGGUGUUUAGCUCGAAUGUGGCCACCUGGUUUAACCCAUCGGGCACCCAAUUAGCUUACAUAAAGUUCGAUGAUUCGUCUACUCAUCUAAUCAAUUUCCCCUACUACGGAGAUGCUGGUGAUCUGCGUUACCAGUAUCCGCUUCACCAGGUGAUUGCAUAUCCUAAGGCUGGAUCCUCCAAUCCGCGAGUGGAUCUGGUAAUGGUGGAUCUAAAGAGGGCUGUGGAAGGUAAAGAUUUCGAGACUGUAAUGCCGGUGCCAGCGGCUCUUAAUACGGAAACGGAUUACAUUGUUACCGUGGUCAGCUGGGUGGACGAUGACAACGUACUGUCCAUUUGGAUGAAUCGCAUCCAAAAUGCUGCCUCUGUCGUUACCUUCGAUGGACUCAACAGGAAAGUUAUCUACAACGCCGAAUCGAAGACCGGUUGGGUUGACCUCUAUACCGCUCCGUUCCGCAACCGUAAUGGUUCCCGUCUGGCCUUCGUCCUGCCGCACGACAACUACAAGCAUGUCCAGCUUUUGAGCUCCACCGUGGCCACUGCAGAGGCACAAGCUCUGGAACCCCUAACCGAGGGCAAGUACGUCGUGGACAGUAUCCUGCACUGGGAUGGAGCAAACGAUAUUAUCUUCUAUACGGCCAACACGGAAGAUCAUCCCGAGCAACUGCAUCUUUAUGCCAUUCGGGCGCUGACUAAACAAAGUCCCAAGUGCCUAACGUGCAACCUUAUCAAGUCCGGGGAUGUUCAGCAGACCUACUUCUCGGCCACUUUUAACGACAAUAACCACAUUGUGAUCACUUCUCAGGGACCUGGCAUUCCCACCACCCACAUAUACGAGUGGAAAUAUGAAAACUCUCAAGUUGUUCUCUCCCUCGUCCUCGACUGGGAAACCAAUGAAAGUCUUCGUGCCAAACUGAAGGGCGUGGCCCUGCCCUCUCACCAGAUCCUCACGGUGAACAUAGAUGGUGGCUUCCAGGCUAAGGUCCUGCUCCAACUGCCACCCAAUUUGGACACCAGUGGUGCAACAAAAUAUCCGAUGCUUGUGGAUGUCUACGGUGGACCAGAUUCCUACUCUGUCACCAACAAGUGGAUGGUUGACUGGGGGACUUACUUGUCCUCAAAUCAGUCUGUGAUCUAUGCCAAGAUCGAUGGUCGAGGCUCUGGACUCCGCGGCGAGAGUCUCCUCCAUGCCAUUUACCUAAAGUUGGGCACCGUGGAGAUCAGUGAUCAGAUCAAUGUUACUCAAUCCCUUUCCAAAAUGUUCGACUACAUUGAUGCGGAUCACGUUGGCAUUUGGGGGUGGUCAUAUGGUGGCUAUGCAGCUGCCAUGGCUCUGGCCAAUGAUCAAAAUCAAGUGUUCAAGUGUGCUGCCUCGAUAGCUCCAGUCACAGAUUGGGCUUACUAUGACUCCAUUUACACAGAGCGUUAUAUGGGUCUUCCCAAUACGAAUGAGGUGGGCUAUGCCAAUUCUAGACUGAGCACCAUGGCCGUGAAGCUGAGGGGUAAGAAAUAUCUGCUGGUCCAUGGCACUUUGGAUGACAACGUCCACUACCAGCAAGCCAUGAUCUUGGCCAAGAAUCUAGAGCGUCAAGACAUUCUUUUUAAGCAGAUUAGCUACGCUGACGAGGAUCAUGGCCUGUCCAAUGUGCGCCCACAUUUGUAUCAUUCGCUGGAUCGAUUCUUUGGGGAAUGCUUUUCCAGCAGUCGCCUCAUGAAAAGUGCCAAGUAGACAGGGCAAUAAAUGUGCAACAUAAACAUUGAUAAACAAAUAACAAAAACACAGACAUUAUAGACAAAAUAGUUGUAAUUGCCAGAUAAUAUCGAGGAUUAGCUGUGUUCUGAGACAAUUUUUCAGCUGCUACUAGAACAGUGACAAACAAAAAUUGGUACUUAAAAAAGUUAAAUAAAUUCGCAAAUUAAACAACAAACUUAAACAAGCUAGUUAAUCAAAAGAAAAUCAAAUUGAUAUAAAGUUCAAAAUGCUUAAACACAAAAAGAUUAAACAAAAAAAAAUAAAACUAUAAACAAACAUAAUGCAGGUCCAAAAGUGUUAUAAGAUAACUUGGAACAAUAAUCUUUUCAAAUUGCAUUUUAAGACAUUUUAAACUUAAUGAGAUAAAAGUAAAAAUCAAACGAAAAACAAUUAUUUAAAAUAGCUGCAAUUGAAAGGAAAAAACAUUGUCUAGCUAGUGCCUGAUUAUAUAUUGCUAAUGAGAAAACAAACUUUUUGUAGAUAUUGCAAUUCAAUUACGAAAUUGUGUAUUCAAAACACUUGCAAGCGCUCCACUUUAAGCUUACCAAUCCGUAGGUCUGACAUUUUAAUUGGUAACAACAACAAAAAAAACAUCCUGUAAAUUAAAUAUAUAAACAAAAACCUAUAGUAGUAUGUAAUUUUUUGUAGCUUUUUAGUUUGCUACUUGUAAAAAAUUAAUACAAAUUGUAAAUAGUUAAAAAAGGAUAGCUGUUAAAUGGCUUUUUGUAUAUUAGAAGACAACAUUGUGUAUAGGCAACCGUUACAAAGGCAACAAACAAUAAAUAAUUAAAAUUAUAA